CUCUGUGUAGAGGAUGGCGAGGAGGAUGCAGAUAGACUGUGGCUUUUAGCCUUUUACUAGCACUGACGCUCCAGUCAGGCCGCCACCAUUGUGGGAGAGAAAGAGAAAGACAGACCACGCUAUCAAACUAGCUGGCUAACCUCAGACCCUCAGCCCACUGCGUGACAGAGGACCACAAACCAAGCCCUCAACGCCGGCUCUGCUUCCACCAACCGGGUUCCGUUAGGUUGGCCCCCUCUCAUCUCCAGACCUGCUGUAGGACAUCGACUGCAUCAAGGACUCUGUACCAUUGUGGCUUCCCUGCCAUGGCAUCCAACAGCAUCUUUGACUCCUUCUCCAACUACAGCAGCAGUCUACUCAGAGAGCCGCCCACGACCAGACGGUUCACGCCGCCCUCCACGUCUUUCCCCUGCAGUAAGAUUGGAGACAGCAACGGGGCCAUGGCCACCCCGGGGCCACUCAGGUCAAGACCGGACACCAGGAACGUGGUCGACGUCCUUGCGGACCAUGCCGGCGAACUAGUCCGGACGGACAGCCCAAACUUCCUCUGCUCUGUCCUCCCAUCUCACUGGAGGUGCAACAAGACGCUCCCCGUGGCUUUUAAGAUCGUGGCUCUCGGUGAUGUUCCUGACGGGACUCUGGUCACCGUGAUGGCUGGGAACGACGAGAACUACUCGGCCGAGCUGAGGAACGCCUCCGCUGUGAUGAAGAACCAGGUAGCCCGAUUCAACGAUCUGCGCUUCGUGGGCAGGAGCGGACGAGGAAAGAGCUUCACCCUGACCAUCACUGUGUUCACCGGACCGCCGCAAGUGGCCACCUACCACCGCGCCAUCAAAGUCACCGUGGACGGCCCCCGGGAACCGCGCAGGCACAGAGUGAAGAUAGAAGAUUCCCAGAAGAUGCAGUUCUCGGACAGGCUGUCAGAGAUUGAGCGCUACCAGCGCAGUAUGCGAAUAGGCCCUGUAAACAACCAACCCCGUCCCAUUCAUCAAACCCACCUCAGCACAACACAAGCCCUGUGGCAGGAGCAAAUGGACACCCCAGCUUUAAAGACAUGCAAGGUGGAGGAGGACUUAAGACCAUGGCCAGGGACUACAGACCUCUUCCAACAAAGGACCAGCUUUCCAUCUCUCUCACCACUGACCGACCCACGCUUCUCAGACCCUCGCAUGCACUAUCCCGGGGCCUUUCCCUACUCCGCCAACACCUCCAGCACAGGCAUCAGCGGCCUCAGCAUGUCAGCAUCUUCUAGAUACCACACCUACCUGCCACCCCCCUACUCAAACAACCAAAGCCAGAACUUCCAGUCCAACUCCUACCUGUAUUACGGCACAGGCUCAGGGUCUUACCAGUUCUCCAUGGUGGCACCUGGAAACACCGGGGGAGAGCGCUCCCCCACCCGACUGCUGUCCUGCUCAGGGGCUGGGGGCACAGGAGGGACCAACAGCCUGAUGAACCCGGGCCUGAACAACCAGAACGAGGGGGUGGAGGCUGACGGGAGCCACAGCAACUCCCCCACUGCUAUGAGCGCUUCAGGCCGUUUGGAUGAGUCCGUCUGGAGGCCUUACUGACUGACAGACAACUAGACAAUUGAAGGGUUCAGGAGAAGUGAGGGAGGAAAAGUAAUGAGAAUGAUGAACAAAAAAGAUGAUCAUUAAAAGAAAAGAAAAACAAACAGACAUAGAGAAAAUGUUGCAUGUUUGACUUUUAUUUCUCUGGCACUCGCUUUAAAGACUUUCUACAUUUUACCAACUCUCUCAAGACUUCUGCGUAUUUUGUAAAUAUUGAGUAAGUUCCUGCACUGUGCUACCUGUACUCUUAAAUGACUAUAAUAGCCAUAAAAGUUGAGAUUAUGUUCAUCCUCACCUGUCUGGUGUAAACAGGUAUGCAUUAAAGACAAAAGACAAUGGCUGUAUGAUCAAUCCAAUGGCCAAUGAAUGGGGGGAAAAAACACAACAGACAUUCUUCAGACAGACUCUUCAGACUGAUCCAACUCACUUGGUACCUGGAGAGGAGCAGCUGCUCACUGAAUGAUCAAGUGACACUGACAUCUUUCCAAAGCAUGGCUCUACUGCUGAAGCUAUUGUGCCUUUUAAGCUUUAAUUUCUGUAAAAACAUGAAAUAUAGACAAAAUAGUGUUUUUGUCAUCAGUUGAUUACAGGGCAGUUUUAGGUGCUUUAAGUACUUUCUGUACCUAUUGCCUAAUUUAUUAACCAAAUGAAAACAUCAGCCUUUGGUGCUAUGGUAGGCAGUGGAUGUUUCAAUGCCAGUGCUGCAUGUUUGAAAGAAAAGCAUUGAAUCUGUUAGAACUUACACGUUUAAGGAGUUCAUUCUCCAUUUCUGUGUCCUCAGUGUAUUGAGUUUCAACAGGACAAGAGCUGAUGGUUUGAGGAAUGUAACACAGUGGGUUGAUUAUUGGUUCUUCCUCGCAGGAAUAUUUCAAUCCUGUUUCGUCAUCUUUUUACUUCCUCUUUAUUCUUCUUUAUUUAAGCCCUUUUUUGAAAGAAAAGUCCUUAUAUGGCAUUCUGUAACUGGAUGACAGUUUACUUAUAUUUAUUUGAGCCAAAUUGUGAGGGAAUGUGUGCAUAUACCCACAAUCCUAAAGCAUUUCUCUCUACCCUUCCUUUUAAUAUACAUUUACAGUAUAUAUACCAUAUUUUGUUGUUGAGCAUAAAUUUGGAUUUUGUGUAAUAUAUUGCUUCUAAAUUAUAAAAAAAAUACUUUUUAAUGUAAUUAUAUUGUCUUCCAAUGUAGCUUUGAUGCACUAAAAACCUGUAUUUCUAAUGAACCAUGCCAAACAAUUUCUGUUUAAUAGAUUGAGGAUCUAGAGCUGUAAUCUUUUAAACUAUUUCCAAAAUUGCCUCCAUUUCUAAAUAAGCCAUUUGCUUAAUUUUUGCACUAUGAUUGAACAUAUUCUUUGUCUUCUUUUUGGUUUUGUAUUAACAGUUAUUAGAAAACGUUCCAUACUUAAUAGUCGAAAUGCCUUCAAAUGUAUGGCCAAAACACACUUAGUGUGUCCUUUAAGUGUCCCUGAUAAAUUCUCCACCAUAAGGUUUAGAUUUCCUGAUUAGGCACACGCCAUUUCAUCUGUAUUAAUAUGCAAAAUAUGUUUAAAAUGAUGAGACCUGCAUUCCCACACCACAGGUGUGUAUAUUCCUGCUGUCUGGAGGGCCUUUUCUCUGCAGUUACACAUGUGAGCCCUGGAGGAGGAAGAGUAUGAGGAUGAAGGGAUGGCAGAAGGAGGAGGGGUUAAAGUGAUAUCUUCUUACAACACCAAGGGCAAUUACAAAAAAAAACCUCCCCUUGUUGUGCAUGGGCUCCUUUGUUCUGGAUAAUCAGUGAGUGCUUUGAAGUGUUUAUAGCCCUGGUUCUGUCUUUUCAACUUUAAUAUACUGAUCAUCAGUGCCAAGGGCCAAGGCUCUGCCACUAAUUCAUACAUCUGCAAUGAUAACCUGGGUAUAGGAGAUUUAAAAGGCAGUGACAGCCGGUGUUAAUGGUCUUUGACAAGAAGAAAGUAAGAUUCUACUACAAAAGUGAAUAGUGAUCCAAAAAGGCUUGCAUUUACAGCUCAGGUACAAAUAAAUAUGCAAAGUGUUUUGUAGAUCUUACAUACAUACAGACCUUAUCUCCCUGUUUCAACAAUGUGUAUCAGCGUCUCGUUCCUCUUUACAUGUUGUUUUAGAGGAAAAGCAUGUUUCUCUGGAGCCUUUAUAAGGUAGAGGUAUGAGGUACUUUAUUAUAGGCAAAAAAAUAAACCAUGCAGCUAGAGGAACCACAUGUGUACUGAUAUCUGUGUGGUUCCUUUAAAAGAAAACCAAAGAACUGCCUGUAAUACUGUCAGAAUGUUAAUGCUGGGAACGAUGUGAGGUACGUAACUCCUGUCUUGACUGAUCUCUGAAAAUCAUUCUUUAUGCAAAACUAGGAACCCAAAUGUACAACUAAGUUUCAUUUAAUUGUAUACUGGAUUCAAGAGCACAAUGUUACUUUUUUCCUCCAUGUUUCUCUUUACAAUAUGCCUUUUUUUCCUUUUCAUAUACCAAAAUGUUGAUGUGUCUUGUUCCUUUGAUUUCACUUAUGCUCAAAGCAUGUACACCUGAUACUGAUAUGUUAAUUUAAAAAUCUCAUCUAUGUAUGAAAUGAUAUUGUUAAUUCUUCCAUAUUGAGUGCUUGUAAAGUUUGCGGAUAAUGUAGUUUUUAAUCAUUUUAAUUAAAAAAAAAACUUGUCUCA